UUGUACUGCGGUUCAAAACGUGCGGUGGACCCGGUCCGGGCGCGAGUGGUGUUCAGUCGGUCGCAAGGUCCGUCGCGGGAUACAAGUCACACUCUCGCACACAUAGCUCUACACAUCACUUCCGUUGCUCCGCACACGUUUACGACGAGAUACGCGCAUAUCGUUACGCCGCACUGCAAAUAUUUGCGCAGCGCUGCGGUUACGAGUGUAAUCUGUUCGCAACAGCCGCGAUCAUCACGACGGGUUCAACAAUGCCUCCGUACUACCACACUUCGGACGACAACAUUUGCACGCGGUCCGAGUUGGUCGCCGACGGCGGCGAUUGUUUUAUGGUCGAACGAGCACCCACCACCGUGAGUUCGACAGCGUCCAGCGCGUGGGCGCCGGGACACGCGUGGUCCCAGUACUGCAGCCCGUCCGCUGGUUCCACGCUGGCCACCCUGAUGCCGUCCGCCCUGCACAGGGGCCCCCUGAGAAUAUCGCCCAUCAAGUCCGAGCCGUAUGACAUGGCCGCCGACAUACCGCCGUCAAUAAGUGUGUUUUUGUUAAAUUUUUCAGAACGACGGCGGUUGAGUCUGUGCGUGGGCUGUGGCGGCGCGAUAAAUGACCAGUACAUACUGAAGGUGGCCCCGGACUUGGAGUGGCACGCGGCGUGCCUCAAAUGUGCUGAGUGCCAUCAGUUUUUGGACGAACAUUGUACCUGUUUCGUGAGGGACGGGAAAACCUAUUGUAAAUUAGACUAUGUCAGAUUGUUUGGCACCAAAUGUGAUAAGUGCAACCUGAGCUUCGACCGGACCGAGCUCGUGAUGAGGGCCAAAACUAAAGUCUAUCACAUGGAGUGCUUCAGGUGCAACGCGUGCAGCAGGCAGCUCAUACCCGGCGACGAGUUCGCGCUGCGCGACGACACGCUGCUGUGUAAACACGACCACGACCACCAUCCGAACGUGAACGGCGGCCUGGGCGGCAACGUAGGCGGCGUGAAGAGCAAAAUAGCCGCUCAGCUGCAGAGCAACGAGAACAACAACAACAACACCGCGUUGGCCGACCACAACACCAGCAGCACCAACUCGUUGCACCACAACGAAGGGUCCAAUUCCGACUCGUCGGAAUCGGGUUCGAACAAGUGUUCGGGGAGGACGGGAUCGGACGGUCCGGGUAACAGCCGUCUCGGUUCGGCGGGCAAAGGCUCAUCGGACGGCAAGCCCACUCGCGUCCGGACUGUGCUCAACGAGAAGCAGCUGCACACGUUGCGGACGUGCUACUCGGCCAACCCGCGGCCGGAUGCCCUCAUGAAGGAGCAACUGGUCGAGAUGACCGGACUCAGCCCGCGGGUCAUACGCGUGUGGUUCCAGAAUAAAAGGUGCAAAGACAAGAAACGCGCAAUCGCCCUCAAACAGCAAAUACAGCAAGAUAAAGACGGUAGAAAAAUGGGAUACGGCAGCAUGCAGGGUAUACCAAUGGUCGCGUCGAGCCCGGUGAGGCACGACAGUCCGUUGGGCAUGAAUCAGAUAGAAGUGCAGAGUUUCCAACCACCGUGGAAAGCGCUGUCCGAAUUCGCGUUGCACUCAGAUCUCGACCGAGUGGACACCAAUCAACCACAUUUCCAACAGCUGGUCAAUCAGAUGCACGGUUACGACAUCCACGGUCCUCCGCCGCCCAUGACCAGGUUGGACAUAGACCCGGGCCCCGUGGACAUGAUGCACCCGGAUUCGACCGACUCGUUCGUCACAUACCUGGAGAGUGACGAUAGCCUUCACAACGACACGUCGAGUCCCUAAUGCCGUCAUCGUCAUCGUAUGCACGGGUCCGCACGACACCCAUAUUUAUUUAGGCACAUAUAUACCUAUAAAUCUUUGAUUUGUUUUUUAUUUGUUAUACAUAUUUUCUUCCCCUAUUAUCGUCCUAUUUUCUCCACUACUCCUCCGCUCCUCAUCAUAAAUAUUAUAUGAUAAUAUGUAUUGUUACAUAAACGCGUGGUGGAUACACGCGUCGCCGUCAUAAUUAUAUAACUAUAAUCAUUGUCUAUGUAUGUACUUUAUAUUUAUAUUGUACGCAUAUAUAUGUGUGUGUAUGUAUUUGAAACCCGAAUAUAAUCGUAAGAAAACGACGAGCAGUUCGUUGAGCAUCCUCCGGGAAUCAGCUGCCGUGCGCUGCACAAAUUGUGUGUAAAAUUUGUUGUAACUUUUCAUGUAAAUAUAUAAUGUAAUGAAAGAAAUUCGUUAGAUUUGUAUUAAUCAAAAAUGUUUACUUGUUUUUUUUCUUUUUUCUUUGUUUUGUGUCACUAUACACUUAGUGCGAUUGAAUGAUUUGUUUAUGUAUUUAAACCGAUUAAAAACAUAUUAUGAACAUGAA